AUGGCGUACCUUACCAAGUUCGGCAAGCGAAAAGAAACUGGCAAUGGGGAGGGAUCCUCUGCGCCGCCUGAGAUUCGAUGCCAGUGUGGCGACAAGUCGUACGGCGAGCAGGCAAUGAUCAAGUGCAAUUUCUGCUUUACGCUGCAGCACUGGGAAUGUUACGGCUACAAUGCCGAAGACGACUACCGCAUCCCCGAACUCCACGCCUGUUACGACUGUCUGGUCCCAUCGAUGAUGCCCGACAACCCGGGCCUCCUCGCAGAAAUGACCAACGUGGUUCUGUUGCGUAAGGGUGUCGCGCUCAUCCUCAAGGAGGGUGUUUCGAAUCUGAACUCGACUUUUGCCGAGAAGCUUCACUGCACCGAAGAGCAAGCCCGAGAGAUCGUCUACCGACUGCGCAAAGAAUACCUUCUGACCCCGACACGCGGCUGGAAUCUUCCUGGCUUCUGGACACAACAGAAGCCCAAGUUCACUUUCGUCAAGAGCCUGCAAUCGGUCCAGUGGGUGGUCAGACAUGUCUUGGACCCCAUGCUGCACAUCAAGGACUGCUACGAAGCACCCAGUCCCGCGCAGCGAUGGGAAUGGAACAAGGCCAGGAGACGGGCCGAGAUGGAGGAGACGCUGAAGCGAAAGCGUGACAGCGAUGAAAGCGCCGAGUCAUCUGAGUCGCCCGAGCAUCCGUCCAAGAAGGCCCGCACCGAGGAGACUAAGGAAGCUUCGCCGGCGAGACGUACGACGCCUCACUCUCGCCUCUCGCCUCCGUCACAAAGCCACAGUCCCGCUGAUCCCGCCGCGAAAACCGAAUGA